AGGCGCCCAGGGCUCUGGCCGCGCCGCGGGCAGCGAGGCGCCGCGGUCGCCGGGGAGGCCGAACCCGCUGCUGUCGGGCUCGCCGACCAGGCAGCCGUCGGCGGCGUCGCCGCGGCCGAACCCGCUGCUGGGCGGGAGGUCGCCCUCCAGGUCGCCGGCCCCUGCCGCGGCCCCGUGGCCGCAGGACCAGCUGGCGCUGGCGCGGAUCGAGGCGGCGGUGUCGUCGGCGGCGCUGGCCAGGCCGCUUGACGGCGAGGACGGCACGCCGAGGACGCCCCCGUCGCCGACGAGGCGCUGGGGCAAGGCCAGCCGCUCACCUCCGCCCCGACCCGCCGACGUGGGCCCGGAGGGCGCGGCGGCCGCGCCCGCGGCCAAGGCGAAGCACCGCCGCCCGCGCGGCGAGGGCGAGGGGCGGGCCCCCGAGCCGCGCUCCAGCCAGAGCAGCAGGGGCAGCGGCGGCGCCAGCCAGGGCUCGGCCGCCGGCCACGGCGGCAGGCGGCGCCACGGCAGGCCCUCCCAGGACGGGGAGUCGCAGGGCAGCGCCGCGGCGGCGGCGGCGCCGGCCUUCCCGCCCGCCGCCUACCUGCAGACCCUCUUCUCCGACGCGCAGCCAGCCGGCGCCGAGAAGCCCCCGCGCCGCUCGCGCAAGACGGCGGGCGCCGCCGCGGAGGCGCCGGACGGGAAGAAGAAGCACCGCCGCACGGCGCGCGGCGGCGCCGCGGAGGAGGCGGAGGCGAGCGCGCGGGCGGAGGACGCCGCGCCGCGCGCGGCCGCGGCGGCGCGGGCGCUGCCGCUGGCGCCGCCGGCGGACCGGGCCACGGCGGCCGCUGUGGCGGCGGUCCCGCCGCCGGCUACGCCGCCGCCGCAGGUCGUGGGGCACAGGCGGCUGCCCGAGCCCGACUCGGAGGACUCACCGCAACGGACGCGGAUGAAGGCGCCGCUGCGGGCUGAGCGGGCGGAGCCGACGUUCGGGUCCCCAGGCGUGGACGUCGGCGACAGCUGCCACGCGGUCGCGGUGGAGCGUCAGAGCGCGAUCAUGAAGCUGGGUUCCUGCCUCUCGAUGGUGGACGACAAGUUCUACAGCCCGGAGAAGCCCAGCCUGAAGCAGGUAGCCUCCGGACGGACUGCCGCACUCGAGGCAACCGGCGGCACCUUCGGCGACUUCUGCAAGAAGGAGUUCGACGCGAGCGCCGCGAAGCCCAUGCCGCUGGUGUGGGCGCGGCUCCCCAGGUGCGCGGACCUGGGCAUCCGGGCGGGCGGCGCGGAGGAGAAGGACCGCGAGCCCUCGAUCGAGCCUGGCGUGACCAUGGUCAGGAUCAUGGACCAUCCGGAGCAGAUGAAGGCGAUCUGCCAGCGGCACCAGCUUCCUUGGAGCAGGGAGACCGCUACUUCCACAUGA